UUGGCGCGAACGACGAAUUUUCCCUUCAAUCCAUCGAUGGUUACGUAUGUGCGGUCUCUCUGUAUCCACUCGAGAACAGAAGAACUAGGGUUUCGUUUAGAGUGGAAAAAUGGAACAUCAGAGAAUUCGAAGCCGAGAAAUGGAGGUGAACACCAUGGCCAUGCUCGACGCCUCAGGCUUCAACAAAGCUGACCAAGAUCUCAAUGACGAUCGAAACGCAUUUCUCGAAGCUGUUCGCUCUGCUUCUCUCGUUCCCGACCAUGGUGUCGCCCCGACUAAAAAAAUGUUUGAGGCAGUUUUCCAGAUAUUGAAGGAUGGGAAUUCACUAGAACUAAUAAUUGCAAGUUAUCAGCUACUACAUGAGCUAGAUGAGCAUUUCCCUCGUGUGUAUGUAUCCAAAGUGGAAUCAUCCAAGUUACCUUCAUCUAGUAAUGUUCCCGAACUUAUUGUGGUUGAAGAGGCUUGGUCACCAUUCAUGUUUGGCUCAGAUAGUGAGAGACAUAAUGCUAAUAAAAACUCUGGUCAAUCACUUGAUUCAGCUGUUUUCCAUACUCUGAUACAAGAUCUUGCUGAAGUGUCAGUUGCAACCAAGAUUGAGGAGCUUGAUACAAAGUCCCUAGGGAUCAUGUUGCUAUUCCAGUAUCUUGUCAGUGUUCUCGAAAGAGAUUUUAUACCUCGUUACGCCAUGUGUAAAGAAAAUAUGAAUUGGAACCUUUUGCGGGAAUCAUUGCUAAACAUGCUUCUGGGAUCGAGAAGGAUAAACUACAAAGGCUUGGUCAAGGAUUGCUUGUCAAUUAUGUUUGAAAUCUCUGGUGCUUGUAAUGAUAUAAGGCAUUGCUCGAAAUUACAAGAAAAUCCUGCAAAGGAGCCAUCAAAAUGUUAUGACUAUGCUGUUGCAAUUUCUUUUUCUGAAGUACAGAAGCAUAUGUGUCUUGCUAUGCAGAAACUUCUGUUGAUGGCCAUAGAGCUGGAUUCAUCAAAGAAAAAAGCAGACGUGCUAGGUCUUACCACCAGAGCUGAUGGUUUGAGAACCCCAGUGGUGGAACUAAUUCAAGACGAGCUUUCUUACAACAGAGAUGCGCUUUCCCCAUUUUUCCAGGUCUUUAAUGAACCUGAAUGGAAGCUCGAAAUAAUUGUACAGUAUCUUCAGAAGUACAUCUCAAAACCUUCAGUCCGCACUCGGCAGUCAAGUGUUCCAACAGAUGAUGCAACAUUUGAUGGAAUAUUGAAGUGCUUUUUGGAUACCAACAGGGCCAAAAAUAUUACUAAGAAAAUCACAUCAGAAGUAGCACAGUUGCUUUUAGCGCAUGCUUUUCAGGCUUAUUUAUCAUUAUCAUCCCAACAUCUAGAUGGAGAUGUUAGAGACAGCUCUCUUGUGGACAUUUGCAAGGAUAUAAUAUCUGCUUUUACUAACCUCAAAAGAAUAGACAAGCACAUGGAAAUUUUGCCUUUUGGAAAAGAAGCACUGUUUACAGCAGCCACCAUUCUGUCAACAAAAUCAUAGUACAAAAAUAACGGUCUUUCCCUGCCGUUAAGAGUCCAAUCUGUGAGAAAAUGUAAAUCUCAAAUGUGGAAAUCCUUGAUGAAACUAGAAAGCUGAUUAUGAGAAAAACCAAAGGCUAAGGGAAAGCUAUUGUAGAUGGAUGGAGUGAGGUCCCCUGACCAAACCUUAAAUGCAUCCCAUGUGCAGCAUGGGAUGGACCAUCAUCCAAGCAGAUAUAAAUACCCAUUUGUUUUCUAACUUAAAUGUUCAAAUUCAAUAAAUAGAGCUCAUUCAAUAGCCCUUUUCAGGUUUUCUGUGUUUUAGCAAGUGAAAUGAGCUUUUUGCUGUGAAAGAGGUAAAAGCUGUGGACCAUGAUGUGCAUCUGCCCUCUCAUUCCUUACUUUAAAUGGUGCAGCCCCUUUUUUGCUUUCAGGUGGGUGUCCACUUUCAAGCAUCUUAUGACACUAAUUUUGUAUUUACUGGUUAAGGAUUCAUUCAUUCUACUCCUUUCAUGUCUUUUAGCAAAAGACCCAUCACUUGGGCUUGCAAUUUUAGAAAUUUUAUUGUCCAACCAAGCUAAUGUUCUUUCUCAUAUGCAUACUUCUUUU